AUGGAGAAAGAUGAACAUGGGAAAGAGGAAAGUGUGGUGCUUGAAGGGGAGGGUAUUGUUGAAGAAUUGACAAUCUGUCCUGACUGUAAGACUCAGUUGCAGAAGUGCUUGAUACAACAGAACUAUGCCAUGGUGAUAUGCCCGAAUGAGGAGUGUGCUUAUCCAUUUAAUCAGGGGAAGAAUAUAGACAACAUGGUGUACGUUAAGGAAUCUGAGGUCCUGGAUGUGGCCAAAAAGAGAUUAUCCAACGACUGA